CGAGUGGGAUCGGUUUUGGAGCAAGGGAAAAUCUAUUUUACGCCUAUCGGCGGAAUCAGUGUACCACGUCAGGAAUCCGAAGGAUCCCUUUCUCUAGAAGACAUUCUGGCGGAUAUUCGACCCACCCAAGCACUUCACCUAUCGUUUAUGAUAGAUUUUCAGUACUUGUUGAACUCCUACCCUCCAUCCCUCCGAACGACUCCAAUGACUCUUGUGGUCGGCGCCAGCGACAAGGCAGCGCUGAGCCGCGAAUGCGCCGCCCAUAAAAAUGUGACAGUAAUCGGCGCGCCGCUCCCCAUUCCCUUCGGGACCCAUCACACGAAAAUGUCGAUAAUGGAGAGUGAGGAUGGACGGGUCCAUGUGAUUGUGUCAACUGCAAAUUUGGUACCAGAUGAUUGGGAAUUCAAAACACAACAAUUUUAUUAUGCAUGCGGAUUAAGGAGAGAUGGUGAGGCACAGAGAUGCCCCUUCCAAUCCGACCUGCUCGAGUACCUCAGCUUCUACCGUAACCUACUAACACCCUGGCGCGAACUAAUCCAAUCAACUGAUUUCUCCUCGAUCACCGAUCGAUUGAUCUUCUCCACGCCCGGAUACCAUACCCAUGUGGCUCGUCUCAAUUUCGGACCUAGACUAGCAAGGAUCCUAACGGAGAAGUUUCCAUUUGAUCCGAGCUAUGAGCACACGGAACGAUGCACUUUUAUCAGUCAGUGCAGUUCGAUUGGAUCUAUAGGCAAGCAACCGAUCGAUUGGUUUCGAGGCCAGUUUUUGAAGAGUCUGGAAGGCGCCAACCCAGCACCGAAGAGCAAGCCAGCCAAGAUGUAUCUCAUUUUUCCUUGCGUUGAAGAUGUCAGAACGAGUUGUCAAGGGUACGCUGGUGGUGGAUCUGUGCCCUACAGGAAUAGUGUUCAUGUCCGUCAAAAAUGGCUCCAAGGCGUGAUGUGCAAAUGGCGCUCCAAUGCGAAACGACGAACUCAUGCCGUACCUCACUGCAAAACUUAUGUGAAAUUCGAUAAAAAAGUGCCCCAAUGGCAAUUGGUCACCAGUGCAAACCUGUCGAAAGCCGCAUGGGGAGAGGCGUCGUUUUCGAAAGCGAAAAAAACGGAUCAACUAAUGGUCCGUUCCUACGAGAUGGGCGUCCUGAUCACCGAUCCAACCCGCUUCAACAUUCCAUUCGACUACCCGUGUGUACCGUAUUCUGACACUGAUAAUCCUUUUACUGUAGAUACUAAUCACGAGAUUCCUGAUAUUCUAGGCUGUGUUUGG